AUGACGGAUCGGAUCAAAGCUGGCAAACAGAAGGGAUGUGAUUCCGUCGAUCCUGAUAAUGUCGAUGCUUGGACAAACCAUCAAAACUUUGGAAUAACCCAGCAAGACCAAGUAAAUUAUCUUCUGUGGCUAUCAUCUACCGCUCGAUCCAAUGGACUAGGUAUAGAUUUGAAGAAUUCAGGUGAUCUAAUCACUGAUCCUGACACUGGCACAUCUACCAACUGGACCACGUCUCUUAUCAAUGCUUUUGAUUUCAACGUGAUUGAGUCAUGUUAUCAAUACAACGAAUGUGAGAAAUACGAUCCAUUCCUCGAAGCUGGUAAACCUCAAAUCCGAAUCGAGUACGAAAGUUCCAUCAAGAGAUGUCCUUCAUUGAAGCAAGGUCAACAGUUGUUGGUUUAUAGUGAUACUGUCGUCAAUUCGACCCAAAUCACUUUGAGCUGUCCAUAG